GGAUAGAGACAUAGAACCUGAGGAAGCAGCAGGUGGCUCUCGAUAUGUCUGCUGCUAUGUCACAUUUUAUUUAUGCAAUUUCAAAUUCCAGAGAGGACCGACCCUAUUUCCUCAAAUGGAUGAGGAUCAACUUGGACACCAUAUCACGUACAAACUUAUCACACCUCCGAGAGAAGUAUAAGGAAAAGUGCCUUAACUCUCCUGAAGAUAAGGAGCUCAUUGCUAAAUUGGACAGGCAGAUAUCCAGCAGCUCUUUGGGGGUUGAACACUUUCUGCGAGAGAUGGGCCAGCUGUACGAAUCUGCCAGCUCUCUUCCUGAAAACGAUCUGGCUCGACAACAGAUGGAGAAGCUGCCGCGACUGUGUGCUGAACUGCUACUGGAUGGUUUUCCACUGGAGCUAGUAGAUGGGGAUGCAUCAAACAUUCCCCUUCGGUGGGUGUCGGCUGUGAUGAAUAAUUUAAACCAUUUAACAGGCUCGAAAAGUAAGAUCAGGGUGGUGACAGUGCUGGGGGUCCAGAGCACUGGGAAGUCCACUCUGCUGAACACCAUGUUUGGAGUUCAGUUUGCUGUCAGCAGUGGCCGGUGUACGAGAGGUGCAUUCAUGCUGCUUAUCAGGGUGAAGGAGGAUUUCAGAGAGCAACUUGGAUGUGACUAUGUCAUGAUCAUUGACACAGAAGGAUCGAAAUCGCCAGAGUUGGCCCAACUAGAUGAAAGUUAUGAGCAUGAUAAUGAGCUGGCCACUCUAGUGGUAGGCCUGAGUGACAUUACAGUCAUCAACAUAGCCAUGGAGAACUCAACAGAGAUGAAAGAUAUCUUGCAGAUUGUUGUUCAUGCCUUUCUGCGCAUGAAGGAAGUGGGGAAGAAGCCUUGCUGCCAGUUUGUGCACCAGAACGUCGCAGAUGUGUCAGCCCAUGACAAAAACCUCAGAGACAGGAAGCUUCUUCUGGAGCAGCUGAAUGAGAUGACCCAAACGGCGGCCAAAAUGGAAAAGAGGGAAGACAACAAAACAUUUACAGACAUCAUGGAAUACAACCCAGAAAAGAAUAACUGGUACAUCCCUGGACUCUGGCAUGGUAACCCUCCCAUGGCUCCGGUGAAUGCAGGCUACAGUGAGUCUGUAAGCGACUUCAAAAAAAGCCUCAUUACUUCCUUCAAUGAGUGCCGGACCCCAACACACACAUUUGCUGAAUUCUUCAAAUGGACUAAGAGCUUAUGGAACGCAGUGAAGUACGAGAACUUCAUCUUCAGCUUUCGCAACAGCCUUGUGGCAGAUGCCUAUUCUAAGCUUUGUAUAGCGUUCAACAAGUGGGAGUGGGCUUAUAGGAAGCACAUGUACUCAUGGCUGGCACAAGCUGAGACUAAAGUGUCGAACCAUGGGGAAGUGGAGACUGAGACUUCACGCACUGCUGAGAAUUUACUGAGCGAGCUGAAAACAGAGUUAGCUGAGGAGCUCACUAAGCAAGAGAAGAUCAUUUUGGACAACAUUUCUGAAUAUUAUAAAAGAAAAGAAAACCACAUUUAUUUGGUGGAGAAGUACAGAGAGGAUUUUGUGAACUCUGCCAAGACCCUGACAAGAGAGACACAGAAUUCUGUGAAAAACAAAAUAGAGGCAGCGAUAGAAAUCAAAAAGGGCAUGCUCAAGUUGGACACUGUCAGAAAGAAGCACACAGACACCAUGGAACGGAAGGUUCUAGAGCUGAUUGACAGAUGCAGGGAAAUCAAAACUGAAAUGUCACCUGAACAGCUUCUGUUGGAAUUUAAAAAGAUGUGGGAUGACACUGUGAAAGAGCUUUCUUUUGCAGGCCUACAGAGACGGGAUAUUGGUCAAGACAUUCACCGUCAAUUAAGGGGAAACUUGACUAGAAAGGGAAGUCAUGUGCAUGAAAUACUGUCCCAGGUUUGUUUGCAUGACUGUGGUAAAGAACCUUUCAAAGUAGAACAUGAUGAUGGUAUUUUAAAGAAGGCCUACAAACGUGUUUUUGGGGAUGAGCAGAAGCGGAAUGCACAAGAACUGGCAGACCGUGUCAUCUGGAAGAGUCAGGAGUUUAUUAAUGAAAAAGUGAAAACAAAAUCAGAUUACCAUGACACUUACACCACACAGUUGUUGCGUUUGAUAGAUGACACUCUGGAGAGUGAGAAGGAUCUGCAAUUGAGUGAGAAAUUUGAGGUCUCUGUGAAGAUACACAUCUGUCGAAUUGCAGCAAGGAAAUUCCAGAAAAUGCACAAAUAUUUUAUUGAAGUAAAUGACCCUCGGCGAUGCUUGGAGGAGUUUAAGGACCAGUACUGGUCUGACUUUAAGGACCUGUUUUAUAAAACAGACCAGUGUCAGAAGAAGGCUGAAGAGUUUGCCACCUACUGCCUUGUUCCUGCCAUCAAGGAAUAUGCUGCCAAGUUUGUUGGCCCAGAUAUUGUGGAUGAAAUGUUGACAGGAGAGAAAUCGAUGGACUUCAGCACCCGCUCCUUUUUCCAAUUCUCUGUCCUCAAAGAUCUGCUUUUGAAAAAUGAUUUUAAAUAUUUCCUUCAGUACACUCAACAGUAUGAGAAGUUUGUGAAAGACUGGAUUUUCCAGCAAAUAGUGGAGCACUUCUCAAAAAAUCACAACAGGCUUUGCAAUAUCAUGGUUGGUCACCAAACCAAGAUUAUCAAGAAGAUAAAAGAAACUGUUGGGGAUGAAACGUCUGCCAGAGGUGGAAAGAUUAGGAAUAUUUGCCAGUUCAUUCAAGACAUCUGCACAAAAUUUGGAAAGGAACUUGUCAUUCCCAAAACUGCCCUGGAUAAAUUUAUGGCCUUAAACAAUGCAGCUCCUGAGGAGUUUUCUAGAUGCCUUAUAUCCAUCAUGGAGGAAAUGGGAGAGAAGCUGAGGGCUGACAUUGAACAGCAAAUGGAUGUGGAAUCAGUACUGACAGACCUACCCUUCAAGCCUGAGAAUGAGCUGUUCAGAAGGGUGUUUGGCUGUGGAAAGCUGUGUCCAUUCUGCAAAACUCCCUGUGAGGCAGGAGGUAAGGAUCACUCAGAGCACUUUGCAUCCGUUCACCGACCUCAAGGUACUGGACAAUACAGAUCACUUCGAUCUGAAAAACUAGUCACUAAUGUGUGCUCAUCCAACGUUGCCAGUGAAAGACGAUUCCAGUGCCCAGAAACGUCAUGGAAUUUUCAUCCAUACAAAGAUUACCGGAAGUUUUUCCCUGACUGGCGCAUUCAGCCUGACACAAGCAUUGAGGCCUCAGACUACUGGAAGUAUGUCUUUGCUACAUUUAAUGAUCAGUUUGCCAAAGAAUUUGCUGCUAAACCUGCUGACGUGCCAGCAAGCUGGAAAUUAAUGCAGAAGAAUAAAGCCUUGAAAAGUCUGGAAGAAGCAUUUGGGCUGAAAAAGAAUCUGAUUUGAUAGCUGGGAAAUGGCAUCAAAGCAAAAUACAAAUAAUUAGUAACAUGCAUGGAAAAAGUUGUCCAACCACAAAAUAAAAAAGACUACCAUCUUUUUUGUACUUAUAUUGAAAAACAGAGCUCUUGCUGUGUCUAGUACAUUAUUCACCACUUUUGGGUUUGAAUUUGUUGGGUUUGAACACAGCAUUUUUUUUUUAUCUAAACAUGUAGUAAUAAUCAGAAGUUUAUUGUAAUGAGAGUUUAAGAGAAUUCUUAUGUUAGCAGCAUAAAUUUUACUGGCAUGGUGUGUGACUCUGCGAGUUAGAUCUCCGUGAUCAGAAGGUUGUUGGUUCAGAACCUGUAGUUGGUAGAGUAGUCAUCGAAAUUUGGGCCUGAAGCCCCAACUGUUCCAUGGGUGCUGGAUCAAUGCCUGACCUUGUGCUCCGACCCCCAGCCUUGUUCUGGCUUGUCUGUGUGUCUCAGAAGAGGAUGAUGUGAUUUACACAGACAUUUCAUCGCACUUGCUCCCUGUACAGUGACUCUAAAGGCAUUCAGUUCUAAAUGUUCUUGUGUUUCCAUUUACCUUCCUGUUUUCCCUCCAGAAAUAAUGAUCUUUUUCAAGACAACACAACCACAGACAAUGAUCAUAAUGUCUGAAUAGUCCUGUUAGGUUCUUUUUGUUUGAAAUUGAAUAGCUCUUGCUGUGAUAAUACUCAGUAACAGGUGUGAGGAGUAACUAGAAGCUCAGCCUGGCUGUAUUUAAACCUAGUUGAUUCCUUUAACUGUGUGUUUGUGAUGCACUGCCUCACUUGUACGUCAUUUUCUGACCAAAACAUCUGCUAAGUAAAUGUAUGUGAAUGUUUAACAGCAGUUUUUCUUUGCAUUAAUAAAAUAAUACAAAAAAUUAUAUGAGGUUUGACAAUUGCAUCUAUGGAUCCAUUAAUCCUCCAAGUACUAAUCCAGCAGAGGGUUGCGGGGGCCUGGAGCCUCUCCCAGGUAGGGACAGGACACGGGGCUGGGGACACUGA